CAAACUUCUGUUACAUAAACGAGAGAAACCUCCGUCUAGAGAGAGAAACAGAGCGCGCAGAAGAGAGAGAGAGAGAGAGAGAGAGAGAGAGAGAGAGAGAGCUCCACCUCGCACGACAACGAUGGCGGCAAUCGUCUCCCCCUGGGCCACCAAACCUGGUGCGUGGUCCCUCGACUCCGAGGAGAACGAGGAUGAGCUCCUCCAGCAGCAGAAAUCGGACGCCGCCAGUGGCGGCUCCGCGGCGGCGGCGCCGCUCGCCGACUUCCCCUCCCUCGCCGCCGCCGCGGCCACCAAGCCAAAGAAGAAGAAGGGCCAGACCAUCUCGUUGGCCGAGUUCUCCACCUACAAAGCGGCUGCUCCCAAAUUCGAACCGUCCAAAGGCCUCACGCGCGAGGAUCUCCUGGCGCUGCCCACUGGCCCGCGCGAGCGAUCCGCGGAGGAGCUGGACCGGAGCCGGCUUGGCGGGGGCUUUAAGUCGUACGGCUCCGGGCGCUAUGGGUCGAACGAUUCGGGGGAGGACUCGCAGAACUCGCGGUGGGGCUCGUCUAGGGUUUCGGACGAUUCGUGGAGGCAAGGAGGGUUCAAUAGGGAAGCGAGCAAGGAAAUCUUGCCCUCGCGGGCUGAUGAGACUGAUGAUUGGUCUGCUACGAAGAAAUCAGCGGUGGGAAAUGGUUUCGAGAGGAGAGAGAGGGGCGGAUUCUUCGGUUCGCAGUCCAAAGCUGAUGAGUCGGAUAGCUGGGUGUCGAAUAAGAGUUCUGAGCAGCGGCCGUUCAGUGGCGAAGUGGGCAGAGAGAGGAGAGGGUUUAACAGAGGGGGUUUUGAGAGUUCUAACGGUGGUGGCGCAGAUGCUGAUAGAUGGGGCAGAAGGAAGGAAGAUGAAGGUAGUUUCGGCAGCGGCACAGAUGCUGAUAAAUGGGGCAAGAGGAGGGAAGAAGAGGGUAGUUUUGGCAGCGGCGCAGAUGCUGAUAAAUGGAGCAAGAGGAAGGAAGACGAAGGUAGUUUUGGGAGUUCACGGCCCAGGCUUGUUUUGCAGCCCAGGAAGUUGGCUGUUGGUGAUGGGGCAGGGUCAGGUUCAGGCGUGGUGGCAAAGCCGAAAGCAUCGAGCCCCUUUGGAGAGGCAAGGCCGCGAGAGGAGGUGUUGAAGGAAAAGGGGCAGGAUUGGAAGGAGAUUGAUGAGAAGUUGGAUACAAUGAAGAUUAAGGAAGUGGAGACAGGAGAUAAGGGAGAAGGGUCUUUUGGGAGGAGGAGCUUUGGGAGUGGAAGUGGAAAGGUCAAUUUACAGGAGGACAGGACCGAGAGGACUUGGAGGAAGAAUGAUUCCAAUGAGGUCACAGUGGUACCUUCCCCAAGUGUCGAGGAGGAUGACAGUGGAGUUGAAGGAAACUAAACUGGCAGAGAAGUUUCGUGUCACGACAGUUUGAGAGGAAGAGGACUCGCUUUAUAGCGGAUUGGCAGUUUUGAUCUGGUUGAAUUAAGCUUUAUUUAUUGCAUCUCGUGUUUGGUUGUGAUUUUUCAUGUCCAUCAAUUAUGUGGAGAAUUUUUUUGGUCGGGUUUCGCUUGUUACUACGCAUGUUUGGUGGCGGCGGAUUUGUGAUUAAGGACCGCAUAGUUAGUUUUUUGUUUGUGGCUGCUAUGUACACUGUGACGAAGGUGACGGGAAAGACUAUAACUUAAGAUGGUGACUAAAUAAAUGGUCGGCAUGUCUUUUGGUGCUGU